UUCCUCCCUCCUCGAGUCAAUAAACCCUGACUGAGAAGACGAAUAGCAGCAGAAAUGGUGCAGCGGCUUGUUUACCGGACGCGGCACAGCUAUGCCACUAAAUCGAACCAGCACCGUGUCGUCAAGACCCCCGGAGGGAAGCUGGUAUAUCAAACCACGAAAAAGAGAGCCAGCGGCCCGAAAUGUCCUGUCACCGGCAAGCGGAUUCAGGGUAUCCCUCAUCUAAGGCCUGUUGAAUACAAGAGGUCUAGAUUGUCUAGAAACAGAAGGACAGUCAACCGGGCAUAUGGUGGAGUCUUGUCCGGUUCUGCUGUAAGGGAAAGGAUCAUUCGGGCAUUCCUCGUUGAAGAGCAAAAGAUUGUGAAGAAGGUGUUGAAACUCCAAAAGGCCAAGGAGAAGCUAGCAGCCAAGAGUUAAGCCAAUCUAUUUAACAAUACCCCAGAUGAAAUAGUUUGUCUCUCUCUCUCUCUCUCUCAAUGGGUUAUGUUCUAAAUGAUAGGGCUGUCUCAGUCAUGCUUUGUAUGACCCUUUUGGUCUGACUCUGUCGACAAUUCAGCUGUAUUACUUCAGUUUUGUCUUGGAUUUAGUUUUAAAUGGCUGAGUUUUCGUUUGAUGUUGAAUUGAAGUCAUGAGAUGGUUUCUAUUGUUUGGGUUUA